CAAUCGAAGUACAUGUAUGUGAGCCUCACAAUCGUAGCGUUUUGCAGGUCCACCGUCCAGGUCGUAGAGUGGGUCAUAUCUGGUCUCAGCUGAAAAAGCCAAAAUGGGUUGCUUUUUUUCCAAGAAAUCCAAGAGAAAGUCGUCUGAGAAGGAGGAGCGCACGCCGACAACCACCACCGUCGAGACCGCAGGUAACGCGGUUCCCCUCGGCAACAACACCGACGAGGAGCCGAAGCAGUACAGCUGGGACAAGAGAGAGAAGGUUGACCCCAAAGACUACAUGUUGACGGGGCUCAAAGAUGUCACAGUGGUGCGACUCCCUGGCAAACUGAACGGCCAGCAGUUUGUCAUCCAAGAGUGUGAGAACUGUAACAUCUACGUCUUUGACCACUCCGCAACCAUCACCAUCGACGACUGCAUCAACUGUCGCAUUUUUCUAGGACCUGUAAAGGGAAGCAUCUUUUUCAGAGACUGUAAAGACAUCAAGUGCGUGGUGGCCUGUCAGCAGUUUCGCACGCGGGACUGUAAGAAGAUGGAGGUGUUCCUGUGCUGUGCCACUCAGCCCAUCAUCGAGUCAUCCACGGGUAUGAAGUUCGCCUGCUUUCAGUACUACUACCCUGAACUGGCCUUCCACUUCAAGGAUGCUGGGCUGAGCAUAUUCAACAACAACUGGAGCAACAUCCAUGAUUUCACGCCAGUGUCGGGGGAGAAUAACUGGAGCUUGUUGCCAGAGGCCUCGCCCGUUCUGGAUUUUGUUCCAGUGCCAGAUCCAGAGUCUGAGUUCAAGUCAGUUCGAAUUUCCAUGGAACCCUCAAGGAGUAUCGUGCCUUUGACAAAAGGAGGGAGGCGAAAGGAUAGUGAAGAGUCUUGCUUGUUUGUCUUCUUUUCUGGAGAAUACACCACUGCAAAUGCCCGGAAAUUGAUUGAUGAGGCAGCCACUAAAGGUUAUGUAUUGGUCCAGACAAAGGAGGUCUCUAUGCGGCCUGAAGAUGUGAAGAGGGUCUUUCAGGGCAACGCAGAUGAUCUUGUGGAGUGGAUCACUAAAGGUCCUGUCAUAGCCCUUGAACUGAACGGUGAUGGAGUUGUUGAAGCCUGCAAGAGCAUUGCCAGUGAAGUGUUCAGUGGCACCAAGGUUUUUGUCUCGGACAACAAAAACACAUCUACUCGAGAUGUGGACAACUUCUUCAACUUUGCUGACAUGCAGAUGGGCUUGUAGAUGGUUAGCAAUUAAACUGAUGCCUGAAGAUAAUGAGAUUUUUAUGCCCUCCUCCCUACCGUCCAACUUGGGCUGAAUAUGAAUUAUUAUUUUUGUUGUUAUUAUUAUUAGCCUCAUUUUGUCAUUGCAAAGUAGCCACGACUGGAGAACAGUUUUGAGCUGUGUUUGAUAAAGCCUUUAAUCGAACAAAUAAGUUUCAAUGGUCUGCAGAGAAAAUGUAAUUCCCCUUUGAUUCAGAAGAAUUUGCUGUAACUAGGGCUGGGUGGUGUUUUGACUUUUUAAUUAAUUUAUAAACUGUGCUGGAGCCACCUUUUCUUUGGGGUGUAAUACUUUGAAUUGGUUUUAAAACCUUGUGUUACCCACAGAGUAUGUGUUCACUUCAAACACACACACAAAAAGAUCUUAAGCACAGAAGAAUCUUUUUUUUCAAAGUAUGUCACACUCACAUUCAAAACACAAAUAUGGGCUGGAUUUGUAACUGCUGAUUAACGUGUAGUUUCACACACGUUUCAGUUACUGCUUUCUGAGUAACUGUGUCAUCUGAAAACAGAAAAUGGAAAAAUGAACAUGAUUGGUUUAAUUGGAAGAGCAACUGGAUUAAGAUAAAUGAGAAUAGAAGUUGGAGAGAAGAAAGCAGAUGGCAUUUGCUGGUUGACAGUAAAUAUAAUGCAAAUACCUACUGUUUGAUUGUUCCAUAAUAAAAUCAUAAUCACUAAUAUUUAUUGAUGAGGUAUAUGCCAUUUGUUGCCAUUCUGUCAGGAAAAGAUUGAUUGAUUUUUUAUUUUUUUUUGGCCACAUUGCCCAGCCCUACCAUUUAAAACUUCAUUUGUAAAAAGUGCUGUGAAUAUUUAUAUUUCUAUGAAUGUUUUUUGGGUAAUUCAAUUGCUUUUAUCCAUUGUGAAUGUAGUUUACUGUAAGUUUGAAUAUUAUUUUAAAAUGUCUUAAAACUGGGACAAAAAAAUGAGCACAAGACUGGCCAUUGGGCUACAUUUUAUGUAUGAAGAUCCAACAAUAUAUAAAUAUACUGUGUAUUUUCUUUAUAAAGAUCUGUUUGUGUGUGUAUUUUGGAUAAUGGUUUAAUAUGUGUAUAGCUGAAAGUCGAUGUAUAGGUGAUUACUACAUCUUUGAUAUUUGUUAGGCCAAAGCCAGAUUGUUACAAUUGAAGUGUAUACUGCUGUGUUGUCAGAUUUAGUCAUCUGUUUCCAUUAACUUGUGCAAACAUGUAAUAUGGCUGGACUUUUUAAUGAAAGGGACUUGUCAUCAUUUUUUUAAAUUAUUUUAUAUUUGUUUUAUACUCUACUGAAUGUCUUUGUAUAGAAACAAAUGAAAAUCCAUUAUAAUUUUGUUUUUUAAAGUUU